AUAAUAAACAUUGCUUAAAUGUGAUUUGGCAGGAAACCACAGCGACUUGCGGUCUGUAUUUUCUUCAAUUUUGUGAUAAGCACCAAACAAAGUAGUGAUUAAUCCACUAGAAUAGCCUUAUCAGUUCAGAAACUAGAGAUGCUGCAACCAAAAGUGCUCACAUCGGUUCUAAGCCAAGCAAAUACGGGAGGAGUGGAAAACACAAUCUUACUUACUCACGAAGGAGCACUAUUGGCGUUUUCUGGUUUUGGGGAUCGAGACGCUACGGUAACGGCUGCCAUUGCCAGUAAUAUUUGGUCAGUGUAUGAAAAAAAUGGCCGAAAUGCAUUCCGCGAAGAUCGCUUGCAGUAUGUUUUCCUUCAGUGCGAAAAUGGCAAUGUAGUUAUCACACAGGUGGCCAAUCUACUGCUGUGUCUUUAUGCACGAGACACCGUUGGAUUGGGCAUAUUGAAGGAGAAGGCACAAGCCCUCGCGACAUACCUGGAAGGUCCAUUAAAAGAGAUAGCGACAUCGUAAUGCAACCUAAAAGAUCCUUUUUGUUUACUAAUGUUUAUUAGAUUUAUAAAUACACCAUUUUAAUCGCUUCUAAGCUGCUU